GCCGUGCCAUCCCUAUUUCAGUCCAGGUUGCCUGCGUGGAAAAUAGCUUUCUAGCUUACUUUUUGUUAAUUACACACAAAUUUCACUCAUAAAACAAAGAAAUCCUUACGAAAAUGGCUGCGGCAGUACCGAUGCGAACCAACUGGAACUCGAACAUAAAACACAACGAGAUGGAGCGGUGGAUAUGCAUCUAUCCCGCCUACAUCAACAGCAAAAGAACUCGUCAGGAAGGCCGCCGGCUGCCUAAGGAGAACUGCGUGGACAAUCCCACUUAUGUGGAGAUCCGGGACGUGCUGUCCGUGAGCAACCUGCAGUUCCUGAUGGAGAACAUGAAGUACUGUCGCGAAAAGAGCAGCGAGCUUCAGUUCCGUGGCCGUUUGCGCGUUCAAUUGCGCAACGCUGACGGAACCCUUUACAAUAAGGACUUUCCAUCACGGGAGUCCAUCAUGUUGCACAUCGCCAGCAAGAUCCCGCAACUGAAGACGCGCCAGAACAAAUCCGGCGACUCGUACCACCAGCAGUCGCAGCCACAACCCAGUGCAUCUGGAUCCGGAGGUGGUGGCGGUGGUGGCAAGAAGGGAAAGGGCAAACGCCGCUGAUAACUUCGGUGGUUUCUUGUUAGUUGGUUUCUUUUGUAAUAAAUGCUGUAGACAAA